UGUCAGUGUAAAUUAAAUCGUGGUUUCGGAACAGAGUUUGUACUGAAACUGCGGUCACGAACCGCAUAUAGCACAGGUUUAAAGUGUGGGUGUCUCCGGGCCGAAGCGUGAGCAGGCGCACGCCGCUCCGUGUCGCUGCUGCACGCCGCUCCGUGUCGCUGCUGCUGCCCUUUCACAAUCCCGUUGGGGGAGAUAGAAACUCUGCGAACAUUUGUAACUUAAUUCAACCAGCGCCGAGCGUCACAACGGCAAGGAAGGGACCGUUCGGACGCGUGAUAUAUUUUGUCGCAUACCUGAAGAGGACACCCAAACAAGCAGAGAGAAGAAACUUCCUGAAAUGACUACGGUUCUGUGACAGAGAGAGAGAGAGAGGGGGAGAGAGAGAGAGAGAGCUAGAGAGAGAGCUAGAGAGAGAGCUGGAGAGAGAGAGCCUGACAACCCGGUGAAUCGAGUUUGCGAAGAAGUGCUCUCAUAUUUCAGCUGUCUGUCGGCAGCAAGAGGACUUGUUCGAAGCUGGUGGACUCUUUGGACCGCUAAUCAUCGGUGGACUUUGACUGCGGUUUAAAAAACACAAUUUUCCUCUCAACCCCCGCGGGCAAUAGAGCCUAUUUAUUUAAAAGGAGUUGUUCCUCAAGUCCGCGGCAAUGGGGGAGCAGCCGAUCUACACCACCAGGGCCCAUGUCUUCCAAAUUGACCCAACCACCAAGAAGAACUGGGUCCCUGCCAGCAAGCAGGCCGUCACCGUCUCCUAUUUCUACGACAGCACGCGCAACAGCUACCGCAUCAUCAGCGUGGAUGGAUCCAAGGUGAUUAUCAACAGUACCAUCACGCCCAACAUGACGUUCACCAAAACAUCGCAGAAGUUUGGCCAGUGGGCGGACAGCAGGGCCAACACCGUGUUCGGACUGGGCUUCGCUUCGGAGCAGCAACUGGCCAAGUUUUCUGAGAAGUUCCAGGAGGUAAAAGAAGCGGCAAAGCUAGCAAGGGACAAAUCUCAAGACACGGUGGAGACAUUGAGUAAUCACUCCCAGCAGGAGUCUGGACGUGAUACGCCGACAACCAACCAGGCGUCCAGCAUUAAUGGAACAGAUGAUGAGAAAAUCUCUCAUGUCGAUCCGGAGGCUGCUGUGCUGCAGACUGAGAACGAACAUCUCAAGAGUGCAGUAGAACAGAGCAACACCAACGCCAAGAAGUGGGAAACGGAGCUGCAGACUUUAAGAGAAAAUAAUGCCAGGCUGGUGGACGCACUGCAGGAGUCCUCGGCUAAUGUAGAGAGCUGGAAGAAACAACUUGGUGCCUGCAAGGAAGAGAGUGACACACUCAGGGAAAAGAUUGCAGAACUAGAAGUUCAGUGUAACGAAGCCGAUCAGGAGAAACAGAACAACUCCCAACUGUCUGUCCGAGUGCAGGAGCUGCAGACGGAGCUGCAAGAAAAAGAGCAGGAGUUGGAGAACCUGAGGAAGCAGGCAGAGAUAAUCCCUCAGCUCAUGGCGGAGUGCGAGAGCAUCACUGCAAAGCUGCAGACUGCUGAGACGAGGAACAAGGAGCUGGAGGGCAGAAUCGAGGGUCUUCAGCUGGACAUAGAAGACAGUCAACAGAAGCAGGGCAACAUGAAGGGCGAGCUGAAGAAGUUCAUGGAUAUGCUGGAUGGAAAGAUAGACGAGCUGCAUGAGUUCAGGCAGGGGCUGUCCAAACUGGGUGUUGAUAACUGAGUAAAGUGGCACUGAGCUGAAAGGGUCAGAGGUCAGGUACGAAGGAUUCACUACAGUGUGUCUUCAGGGCAGAAACUAUGCGGCACCUACUCCCCCAAGGUGACGUCCACUCAGACACGAUCAGCUUUGGCUUCUAAUAAACACUACCAUGUGAGAGAGAGAGAGAGAGAGAGAGAGAGACUGGCAGGGGGAAGGCCAGCAUGCUCCACCAAA